AUGUCCGCCUACACGAACUCCUCCCGCUCCUCCGCUCCGCCAUCGCCGCCGUGGCCUCUAACCCUGCCAGCCACACACUACCCUCUCUCCACCUCCGCACCCUCCGCUUAUGGACUCCGCAACUGCGACAUCGCAUCGAGGCUCGAGUUCUUGAUCCCUUUGUUGGGCUCCUACGAGGUGCUUCUCAAGACCGUCAAGCGAAGCUACCGCAUCCUCACCUCCGACAUAGAGGAGGUCAUCAAGCCCAACUUCGCGCAGCUCCAGGAGUGCGGGCUAACUGUUUGUGAUAUUGUCAAGACCAACCCGAGGCUGCUCUCGUUCAAUCCAGAGCGAAUCAAGCGCUAUGUGCAUCGUGCCGAUAUGCUUGGCGUGCCCCGUUGCUCGCCGGCAUUCAGGAUGGCCGUGUGCUCUACCAAUGAAGGCAGCGUCACUGCGAGGAUGGAGUUCUUGAGCAGGACUCUUGGUUGCUCCAUGGACAAUAUCCUUAUCGCGGUUGGCAAGAGGCCAACUAUUCUUGGCCUAUCAAUGGAUAAUCUUCGCCGCAAGAUAGAGUUCUUGGUGACUGAGGUUGGCUUAAAGCUAGAGUGCAUUGUGGAGUGCCUUGGGAUUCUCAGGUACAGCCUUGAGAAGCGUAUGGUGCCACGGCAUUCUGUCAUGGAGAUACUGCGGGCGAGGGGGUUGAUGAAGAAAGGUGCUUCCUUAUAUGGUUUAAUCAUGCAAGGUGAGGCCGAUUUCGUUGCGAGAUACAUUGAUACUCAUAAGGACAUGGUUCAUGGGCUUGCAGAUGCUUACAAUGCAUCUUGUUUUGGGAAAAUGCCUGUAGUGCCGGAUUCCACUGUUAAAAAGAGACACGGGAGGCGAGAUAUAUAUUGCAGGGUCGACUUCCAUGGUAGAACUGUAGGUGAUCUAAGUUCUGAUAUGGUGAUCCAUGCUUCAACCAUCGAUAUGUGCAAAGCAGAUGAGCUGUCUUGA